AUGGACAAGAAGAGGGGCAGAGGCAGGCCUCGCAAACAUGCCAUUGAUGAGACGGCCAGCGAGAGUAUAGCUGUGGCGGCGCUGAAGAGCAUGGAAGGUGCGGUCGCCAACGCCAGCACUGCCAAGGGUAAGGGCACUGCCAAGGAUGAAGGUGCCGGGCGUAAGUUGAGGAGGCGUGGGAGGCCACGGAAGGUUGUGGAAGCGGCUGCAGUGACGCCAAUUGACGAUGCUGCUGCUGCUGGCGCCGCUGGCGCUGCUGCGGUUGACGACGCUGUGAUAGACGCCAAGCUUAAAGACGAUGACGGCGACGAGGAGUACGUGCACCAGGAAGACGACGGUGACGACGGCGACGAUGGCGAUGAUGGCGACGACUAUGUAGAUGGAGACGAUGCAAUUGACGUUGAGUUUCAGCCCAGGGCCAAGAAACAGAAGAAAGUGAGGAUUUUAUCGAAAAAGAGAGGCAUCGCGUCUACGCUGCUGCAGAAAGGCAGGAUCAUCAGGACUUUGAAGGACCUGUCCUCCGCCAGGGACAAGAUCGAGAGGAUCUACGGCCUGGAUCGGGCCAAGCUGUUGAAGCUGGCCAUUGUCAAGGAAUGCUUCGAGAACGAUUUGUUCAACGUAAGACAGGAAACCAUUGAGCCCACAUCGCCUUUCUGGUUUGAAUCAAAGCACAGCAGCGAGUUGCCAAACGCUGGUAGAGAUUUACAGGACGAUAUUGCACAUAUUUGGGCAUCCAUGGAUGCACACCCAGCACAGUUUGGUGCUGUUUCAGAGAAAGAGUACAAUGCCCUCUUUAAAGUGAGAGCAGAGCCCAUUGAUUGUCAAAUUGGAGAAACUGGUAUCUCUCUAUCUGCAGGUCAGAAAGCAGAACUCCCUGUGCUCCCUACUUAUCAACGCUACGGGCUAGUAUACAACGCUGGGGCUUUUGUCACCGACAUGGCCUGGCACACCACCAAGAGAGGCGACGAGCAGGUUCAGUACCUAGUGUUGGCACUUUCUCAGUACGGCCAGGAGCCAGAUGAUAAGCAUUUGCGGAUGUUUGGUAAAGAAGAGCAUAUUGCGUGCUUGCAGGUGUUUAGAUUUGAUCCGCACACUCUCUCGCUUGAGAAAAUACAUGAUAUCUUACAUCCGUAUGGAGAAGUAUGGGAUUUGAAGUGGCACGAGGCUCUUGAUCAGACUGAAGACACGAUUGGCGCCUUAUUCUUUGCUUGUCAAGAGGGUACAGUGAGGUCCUUGAAUAUCCCUACAACAGCUAGUGAGGAGCCUGUUCUUUGCCAAGCCACAAAUAUUGCACUGGGGGUUAAGGGCAACUGUGUGACGACGUUUGAUUUUGUUAGCGUGAGCCGAGUUAUAUGUGGGUUCCAAAACGGUUACGUUGCGGAGUUUGACCUUUGCGAUACACAGGCGUUGCAAAGGCCCUCGUAUUAUUUGCAAGUAUGCUCCACCUACAUAUCGACCAUAGUCACAGCGCACUCGGAGUUUGAAGCUAGCACCAUCGGUGCGGUUUCGCUAGACGGGUAUUUCUACAUAUUUGACCCUGCCAGCAUACACACCUCUAAAGUGAAGACGAGUAGGUAUCGUGGUGGUAACCAGUUCCCGAUAGUAUACAUGCCGAAGCUGUAUAGUUUCUUCUGCACAGACGGUGCCAACAUCGUUCGUGCGGUCCCACCGCGUGCCUCGUUCGCACAGCACUCAAUGGGGUCCAUGCCCACCACAGUGACAGCACUGUCGGCGUCGACACUACACCCCAUGUUGCUCAGUGGGCUCAGCUCCGGCGGACUGUACAUCACAAACGCCGUGAGGCGGUUGCUGACGGGUGUUAAGAACGUCGCCAGCGUCGGGCGGACUCUACGGUUGUGGAAGUGGGACUACAACCCUUCUGCGGACCAGUACCGCCUGGAUCCUAACUACGAGGUGGAGAAAGCCGGCGGCGGGGAGAUUAGCACCAUCGAGCUGGACGCCCCACAGGUGGCCAUCACCGCUACCAAGUGGAACGAGUCCACGGAGUGCGGCAGGUUCUACAGCUUCUCCAUCAGCGCUGGUAUUGUAACAAUAGAGAGAAUCGGUGAGAAGUAG